AUGGCGCCUGAAACAUAUGACUUUGCAAACGAUUUCAAAACCCUUUAUAUACCUAAGCAAAAACCCGAACCCGCUCCUGUGGCCGAAAAUAUGAAAGCCCUGAUCCAAAGCUACCCUCCAUUGAGCCAGGUAACAUCAGUGGAAAGUUCUGACGGCGUUCCAUUCACCGCUUUGUUAGAGAUACCAAAGUUUCGAGCUGAGGAGAGCUGGGAGCUUUCUCUAUGGCACUCAAUUGACGGCGAGGACUGGACCGAUGGUGAAAUACCUAGGAUAAAGAGCGCUGCGGCACCGCAAGCUCUCCAUGCCGAAUCAGAAGCCGUCUCUAGGAUAUACUUUGCAACAAAGGUAUCUUUUAAGAAAUCUUUGAGAUUUACUAUCAAAUUCCGUCCGAGCGUUGAUGAACCCUGGAGAUGGAUCCGUGAUGAGCAAGGGUUGGAGGAUGGCCACAUUGUGCUACUCCCCGCCCCCUCCGAGUCUGACGAUUUAAUCAACCUCAUUCAUGGACUUAAUCCAGCAUGGAAGGUCACAUCCCGUAUGAGCCAAGCACCAAGAACGCAACUAUGGUCUCUCGAGACUGUAGUGCCUCCUGGAGAGAACGAUUUAUCUUCAUACACUGAUAUUCAGCUUGGAACACCUUGGGGCUCUUUUCUUAGGUGGUUUGCUGUUGUCCGACUCUGGUCUCCUUGGUUAGCACCACGCCAUGGAAAGACACAUUUCUCGCUGGAUAAAGAUGCAAUCCUGUUGGCUUUUCAGAGCCCAGAAGGCAGAAGCAUGGUUCUAUUGGCUGUCUCUGGUAUUAAUGAUUUAGUGCCUGUCUUCCAACACACCUCCAGUGGUGCUGUCUCUGUAAAUGUGCGAAGCGACUCAGUCUCGGAUGAAAAGGUUGUUAUUCUCGUGUCCGAAGGAAAUUAUUUCGAAAGAGCCGUCGCUGCUGUAAUGUACCACGCAAGAACACUUGUUAUGAAAGCACGAAGCACAAAUCAAGCCCUGGAAACCGAAUUAAAGACUCUUUCAGACGCAGUUCGACCAGAGUGGCUUGAGAACUGGUACGAUGGGCUUGGCUUCUGCACAUGGAACGCACUAGGCCAAAGGCUUACUGAGGAAAAGAUUCUUGACACAAUUGACAAGCUUGAAAAGCACAACAUAAAUAUCACUUCUCUGAUAAUAGACGAUAACUGGCAGUCAAUCGACUACCAAGGUCCCAGCCAGUUUCAAUAUGGAUGGGUCGAUUUUGAGGCCGAGCCAAACGGGUUUCCAAACGGCCUAAAGGCAGCCAUUACUAAAAUCCGCCAAAGAAGUCCAAACAUUCAACAUAUUGCGGUUUGGCAUGCGCUUCUGGGAUAUUGGGGAGGUAUCUCGCCCGAUGGCAACCUUGCUAAGAAAUAUAAGACGAUUGAAGUUGUUCGUGAGGAAGCUAAACGGCGCAAUCUACCACUCGGCGGCAAAAUGAUGGUGAUUGCCAAAGACGAUGUUGCUCAAUUCUAUGAAGACUUUUACAAAUUUCUCUCCGAUGCUGGCGUUGAUGGCGUCAAAACAGACGCGCAGUUCAUGGUCGACAUGUGGCUCAGUUCUUCCGUCAGGCGCGAGCUCAUCAACACAUAUCUAGACGUCUGGAACCUCACUUCGCUUCGCUACUUCAGCGUCAAGGCGAUAUCAUGCAUGUCGCAGAUCCCCCAGGCGCUAUUUAAUUCUCAGAUGCUGCCGAAUCGGCCUGCUUUGCUCGUCCGCAAUUCGGAUGACUUCUUCCCCCAAAUUCCCUCGUCGCACCCCUGGCAUGUGUGGACAAAUGCCUACAACAGCAUCUUUAUGGAGUAUCUCAAUGUUCUUCCCGAUUGGGACAUGUUCCAGACAGUGCAUGAUUACUCUGGUUUCCACGCUGCUGCGAGAUGUGUUAGCGGCGGGCCGAUUUAUAUCACUGACGUUCCUGGGGAGCACAAUAUUGACCUGAUAAAGCAAAUGACGGGCGUGACUCCCAAGGGGAAGACUGUCAUCUUCCGGCCAAGCGUCUUAGGAAAGGCCAUCUAUCCGUAUAUUGGCUAUGAUGAUGAUUUGCUCCUCAAAGUGGGCAGCUAUCAUGGAGCAUCCGAGACGGGCACAUCAAUGGUGGCCAUAUUCAACAUCUCAGCACGUCCCCUCACCGAACUCAUACCUCUAUCAUGCUUCCCCGGCACAGUACCAUCUCUGUCCUACGUCGUGCGAGCUCAUGUUACAGGAAAGACGUCGGCGCCGAUGAAGCUUGGAGCCCCAACCUCGCUCAUUACCACAUCUCUAGAAGUGCGAGGGUACGACAUUUUUACAGCGUUCCACGCCGUGCCUCUGACAGGGCAGAAGCAUGGAGACAUGUGGGUGGCCAAUCUUGGGCUGAUUAGCAAGAUGACCGGAUGUGUAGCCAUAGCAGCCAGCAGUGUUGUCAUGAAAGACAACGGAAGAGUAUCGGUUGCUGUCAAGUUGAAAGCUUUGGGAGUCUUCGGUGUUUAUAUCUCAGCACUACCAGAUUUGGCCCUCAAAGAAGACUUCAUAGUUACUCUUCAGGAUCAGGCGGUUCCAGUACAGACCGUGCGUGUCUCGCAAAACGAUGAGCAUGUGCUUGAAGUAGACAUCGAGAAAGCUUGGGCAGAUAUGAAGCUGGAGCCAGGACUACUGGACGAAGUCGAAGUCAAGGUCAGCUUCGCUGGUUAA